AUGCAGCUUCAAGGACCUGUCUUUGUGGGUGUGCCCCUCCUGGGGCCCAUCCUGAUUUGGAUGUUCACUCAUCAGCUAUCCAGUCGGUGUGAGGAUGAGAAGAAGUUACCUUGGUGCCCACCCCACAAGGUCAUAUUGCUCGUGUGGGCGACCAUCUACUCUGUCAUGGGCUACGCCUCCUACCUGGUAUGGAAGGACCUCGGAGGGGGCUUCCGGUGGUCCCUAGCCCUGCCCCUCGGCCUCUACUCUUUCCAGCUGGUCCUCAGCUGGACCUUCUUGAUGCUGUUCUUGGUAGUUGACAGCCCUGGGCUGGCCCUCCUGGACCUCUUACUGCUCUAUGGACUGGUGGCAAGUAUGGUGCUUAUCUGGCAACCAAUCAACAAGCUGGCUGCUCUGCUCCUGCUGCCCUACCUGGCCUGGCUCACUGUGACCACCGCCAUCACCUACCGCCUGUGGAGGGACAGCCUGUGUCCAUCGUACCAGCCUUAG